GUUAUAUCAGAUCUAUUUUAUAUCUAUCAGAUCAAACUUCACCACCAGAAAACAGAACAAAUUUGUAAACACUCCGAGUUAUUUCCUUUUUUAUUGAAAAGCUUCCAGUAUUAAAUUUAGCUAUUAUAAAAAAGCUCAUUACUUUGGUUUCUUUGAAAAUCAAACGAGGGAAACAACUUUGAUUUAGUUUCUUUAUAAAUGGACAAACACGAGACAUUAGCAGAAACCAAGACCUCCUCUCCAGGACUAGAAAAGUCAAAGACUCCUACGGUUAAGAUCUCGAAACAAUGGGUUGUACCACCCCGACCCAAGCCAGGCCGUAAGCCUGCUUUAAACGCCCAAGGAAAGAGGAAGGUUCCUAUCAAACCAAAGCCUGAUACACAAGAAACUUUGACCUCUGAACAAACUCAGUUCCAUGUACGCGAGGAACAGUAUCAGGAAAUGAUUGGAAAGCUUCAGCAACAGAACAACCGACUGAUGGAGCAAUUAGAGUUAUUACAAAAGCAACUGAGCAACGUGUGUUUUGAACAAAAUAUCACUCCUUCUUCCAGUUUAGACGUGUCAAGUGACUCCAAUAGCGUUGAGCCACCCAAGGCUUAUAAUGCUGAGCUGCAGCGCCAUAACUGCCCUGUUCAACCUCCGUGCUCAAGAAAUGCCGUUUAUACCGAAGUGCCAAUUGAGUUGGAUCCUCAUGUUUUCCUAGGAGAUUCAUUAAAGCGAGUCCGCUUAACCAAUAAGCAAGAUAGAAAGGUGUUGUCGAAGGCGGUACCUGUGAAAUCAAAUAUAUCUACCAACGAAAUUAACUUUACACCGGAGAACCCGGUUGUGACGGAAAGGAUUCGAAAAACGGGAAUUUGCAAUGGCACCGAUGGAUGUCUAUAUUCCUCAGAGCCUAUGAAACAAAAACGGGCUCGUGAAUCUGAUGAAACCAAGAUCUAUGCGCAAUUACUUAUUGACUUACACAACUCUGCCCAGGAUGCUCCUACUGUGAAUGCCGGACCGUCUAUCGAAUUCUUUCGAUCUCAGGCAGCUCAAAAACGAAGGCCACCCAUCCUGGAACCGAAUCCUUUCGUUCCAAGGAUUUCCGCAUAAUGAGAAGUAAACGUUUGUUUUGUAAUGACUGUAGGUACGGAAAUGGAGAUUGCAAUUCCAAAUAAUUUAGUUUCUUUGUAUAUGGUGUUUCCCAGAAAGUUAUGAGCAACUAAUUGCCAAACUUUCUAUAUCCAAUCUCUGUUAUCUCAUUUUUUUAUUAUUUCAUGUUUUUUUCUUUUUUUAUUAUAUAUCUCUUCAUAUGCUUUUCUUGUAUAGUUCAAAAAUUUUGUGAUACUUUUGAUUUUAGUUAUUUAGAAAAUGAAUACAGCACAUUCCAGUCUUGUUUCCCUUGUUGCUUCACGAAUAGACUGCAGCUCUUACAAGAGAUUUUUUAUGUGCUAGGCGAUUGUU